AUGCCCGGAGGAAAUAAGGUCAAUUCGGAAAACAGUGAAUGCAAAGAUGAUGCUCUCCUUGAUUGGAUGGUUUCGUUGAAACUCAGGGCCAAAAAUAUUCUACAGGAACAGAAAGAUUUGGAAAACAAUUUUGAAUGCGAAUUGGAUGAAGAGAAGCGAAUGAUUGAAUUGAAACAAAAAUCUGAUGAGGAAUUGUUGAGAUUCAGAAAUUUUAAAAAAUUGGGAACUUUUUUCAAUGAAUUGAGCUCUCUGAAUGAGGAAAAUUUGUUAACUGUGCAGAAGUUUUCAGAUGCCCAAAAUAGUGAGUCUGUAAGUGAAACCCCAUCAGAGGAAGAGCAGUCGAUAGAAAACCACGAAGUAGAAUCAGCAAAUGAUGAGCAAGACUCAGAAGAAAAGUCUGCCGAGGAGGAUGCAGUCGAUGAUAUCGAGGAACAAUACCAAAGCUCGAAGAGUGAUAAUCAUUCGAUAGAGAAUGAAAAUGAAGCUUACUUGGACCAAAGCGUGGAUGCUGAAGAUCAAGAAAACAAUGGUGAGGCACCUCUAAACUGGGGUAUGAAUGUUGUUGAAAGUGAAGAUGAUAAUUCUGAACACGAUGAAGAAAAUGCCGAAAUAGAAAAUGAAUAUGAUGAUGAACCAGAGUUGGAUGAAAAUAGUAUCGAAGAGGAACAAGACGUUGUUAUUAUUUCAUUGUCCGAUGAUGACGAGCAAAAUAAUAGUCUGAACCAACCUUUGAGGCUAAGAGAUCGCUCUUUGAACCCGUAUGAAUCGGUAAGGAAUCCAUUAAGUCAGCAAGACGAGGAAGAAGAAGAAGAAAAUGAUGACGAUGAAUACUAUCAAGAGUAUGAUACUGGAUAUGAUCAACCAGACGAAGAUGAAGAAGAGUACGAAGGUCAAAAUCCAGAACAAGAGCAACAGAACGAGCUUGGCAGUCAAUCGUACAAUACAACAUACGGAACCUCGUAUCAGGACCAAUUCUAUACCGCCCAGGAUUUCUCAACAUAUGAUGACAACUCAGGGAACACUCGGAUACUCCAAGAUGUUAUAAAUAUUGAUGAACUGGAUAGAGAGGAAAACAUGCCUACUGAGAAAUAUAGCGAAAAAUCGGAUGAAGACAGAAGAGGAGAAGAUGAAUAUCCAGAAGAACAGGAUAUUAAAGAAAGUGACAUGAGACAAGAAGAGUAUUCAGAUUACAAUGAUUAUGAUGAUAAUCAAAUAUUAGCCCAAGCAAUAUUAGCGAGUCGCUCAAAAGAUAUCAAGAGCCCUUCAGAUGAUUCUCAGGGCCAAUGGAUGAAUUCUACAGAGGUUAUACUGGACGAAGCUGACCCAAAUUAUCAAAAUGAUAAUCCAUUGCUCGAAGAUUUUUAUCAAGAAGAUCAAGAAAUGGUAAUCAACAGUGAGAAAGAACAGGAAGAGGCAGAAUGUCAUACAUACGAUAGAUCGAUUGAUUCACAACCUGUCAAUGUAAUAAAUCAAGACCAAAACAAAGAUACAGAAGCCCUUCAAGGCACUGAAAUUCUCAAUGAUUCCGAUAUCCAAUAUUCUGAUUCCGAAGCCGAAAAUGAAGAAGGGAAUCAAGGAUUGCUGUCAACUCCACCGCCUAGCGCAUUUGGUAGAAUUGAUCCCUUUUCUUUCAGUACAGAAGUACUCGCUGGCGCCUCACAAAACCUUGAAGUAAAAAUUGAUAAUAAACAUGAACAAGAAAUUUUUCUCAUUGGUAUAAAUGAUAAUACUGAUUCUUUGAUGUCAGAAAAGGAAACAACCGAUGGCAUUGAGUCACUUGGACAAGAAUCUCCUAAAGAGAAUGACGAUGAGAGUGAAGUUAUUGAACAAAAUAUAGAAGAUGACCUGAAUUCACCUGAGCAUUCAGAUGAUAAUAGUAUUACGUUUGCUCAAAGUAAUGAGAUCGACAAUAAUCCAGAUAAAGGUGCUGAAAGUGAAGAAAUGGAUAACUAUUCUGAGAUACAACAAAUGGAAAACAUGGAUAAUGCAGAGGCUACCGGAACAACAAAAAGCAUCAAUGAAGAACAAGAACGAGAAGAAGAAGAAGAAGAAGAAGAAGAAGAAGAAGAAGAAGAAGAAGAAGAAGAAGAAGAAGAAGAAGAAGAAGAAGAAGAAGAAGAAGAAGAAGAAGAAGAAGAAGAAGAAGAAGAAGAAGAAGAACAAAAGGAGCAAGAAUCAGUUCUGGAGAAUAUUGGAUUCACGUUAAUGGAGGAACCCGAGGAGCCCCAACCUGAGAUCGAGGAGCCUCAAUCACCAUACACUCAGCCAAUAGAAAACACUUCUGGAAUUACUUUUGUCGAGGAAGAUUUUGAAAUACAAGAGCCAAUCAUUGAGGAGGAAAUUGUAGCUGAAUCUGUGACAAUAAUAAUGAGUGCAAACAUGGAAGCAGUUGAAGUGUCUUCAAGUGAAGAUGAAUUAUCUGAGCCAAUAGAUGUCGAGCCAUUGAUCGAAGAGCAAACUUCUCCAGUCCUUGAGCCGGUGAUUUUGACCGAGUUCAAUGAGAAUAUAAUUGAAGAAAUGGCAACCCCAAUUAUUGAGGAAAGAGAGCUUGAACCAUUGCCAAUACUUCAGAAUUUGACAUCGACCAUUCAAGUUGAAGAUGUAUCAGAUUUACUAACAACUGAAAUGGACACUGCCACUGUAAAAGCCACAGAGCCUGUGUUAGAAUGGAACUCCGCAAUUUCUAAUGAUGGAGACCUCAAAAUUUUUGAAAAGAGAGUUGAAAUUCUGGUUUCGUAUCCGCAAUCUGACUCUGAAAUGAUUUCGCAAGAAUUGCUGGACGAGAUGGAACAGAUCGACAAGGAAAUAGAGGACUCAUUCAAAGAACUCAACGGUGAAGAGAAAAAUACUCCAACAAGUAUAACGCAUGAAAUUUAUCAAGAUGAUCAAGGAGAAGAUGUGGCCAUAAGUGAGAAUACUGCAACUCAAACCAGUGAAAAGGAAUCAAUUGAGAAGCAGGAUAUUGUUACUGACCAUGAUAAUGAAAUGGAUGCCUCGGUUGUACAAUAUAUUUCUGAUCCAGAAAUCGUGCCAGUUCAGGUCUCUGAAAAUGAGAACAUUUUAACAGAUCACGUGGACAUUGAUGAAGAUGAAAAUGAUGCCAAUAAUAUAAAUGGGGACAUGGACAAUGAUUCCAAUGGUGAUAAUAGUAGCGGCACAGAUAAAACAAUUGAAAUUAUUAGUGGUGAAGGUAGCAGUAGCUUGGAACUGAAUGAAAAUAAGCAAGAAAGAAUAUUACAGAAAGAGCCUAGAGAUUUAGAGGAACAGACCAAUGUUGAAGAUGAGGUACAGGAAAUUCCUGAGAAAGAUAACCAGGAAAUUCAAGAUAAGGUUAUCGAAAUUCCCGUUGAUGGUGAUUCUACUCAGCUUAGUGAGCUUGUUGAUGUUAAUGUUGAUACUGAGGAAGCGGAUAAUAUCAAAGUUGAGCACAUCAAUGAACUUAAUGAUACCCUUGAGGGUGAUACAGUUGAAAGCGAUGUUAAUUCUGGCCGUAAACGUAAACUUGAAGAAGCUGAGCUUCCAGAAGAUGAGCCAAAAACAUCUUACAAGAGGUUCAAAUCUUUUUUACAAAGUUUCAAUUUCUGGGGAUCUAAUAAUGAAGAUCAAGCUUCACCUAAUGAUAAUACAAAAAGUGAAGAGAACAUUGAACCAAAAAUUCAAGGAACGGAGGUUCCUUCCAACGAACUGACUGAAGAUACUGAUGGGGAUAGUGAGAUUGAAGAACUUUCCCCAAUUGCGGUUUUAACGAGCAAUGCAGAAGCUCAAGAAGAUGAAGAGCAAAAGACCCUUCAAGAAGUUGAGCAGCUCUCAAAACCAGCAAAAAAUGAAUCAAAAGAGGAUGUUGGUGAAUCAAGUUCAAUCGUGGAAAAUACUGUUGAAGAAGGACAUAUUCAUGAAGAUAACGCUGCCGAAUCAGAUGUUAAUGUAGAAACUUUCCUGGAAGAUAAAGGCGCUUUAAAAAAUGAAGAGGAAGAUUCGACAUCCAAAAUUGAUGCUCCUGAUAGCCCUUCAAAAACUACCGAAGAUACAAGUGAAGCUGAUUCUCUGGUUGUUAAGCACGAGAGCAUUGAAAAUCAAGAUGAAAAGGAUCUCUCUUUACUUAAAAAUGAAAUUUCUGAAAGUAAUGAUGAAGUUGAAGCAGCUCAUGAUAAUCUAAGCAUCAGCUAUGCGAAUGAAGAAAAUCAACAAGAAAUGUUCCUGAAGUUAACUAGAGCAAAAGGCGCAAUCAGAAAAGCAUUGAAAUCGUUUGUAUUUUCUUCGAGUCUCGACUCAGUCGAAAGUAUUAAUGAAAUAUUUGAGAAUGAACCAGAAAAAGCAGCCGAAGAUAUUGAGGAAGGAGACCAGCAAAAUCAUGCCGAAAUUGCCGAAAAUAAAUUUUCUGAAGAAACUAAGACAUCAAAGGAUGAAUCUGAUGAUGAGGAUGUUGAAAUGACAGAAAGUACAAAUGAUGAAGGAUCACGCAGUGAUUCUGGAGACAUCAUUGAAGUUGAAGAACCGAUCCCUGCAGUAGACAAUGGUGCAAAAGAAAAUGAAACCGUGCAAGAUAAUUCAUCGCGGGAGGAACUUGUUUCAAACGAAAAGCUCCCUGUUGAAAAACAAUCUGAAAACGAACUAGAAGUAUCUAAUGAGGUUCCAGGCUUGGGUGCUAGUGAUGUUAAAAGCUUUGGAGAGACCGUGAAUGAUAAGCAAGAUGAAUUGAAAUUAAGCAUUGAUAACCUGAAUGAUGUGGAUAACAACACAACUGGGCCAGCCAGACCAUUGAGUUUUAUAUUUAAGUGGCUCCCAAGAAGAACCAUUGAGUCUAAUAUUGAGAGCUUUAAUUCUCUUAUGGAAGAUGUCCCAAACCCAAUUUUACAACCUGGUGCAAAUGCUUCGACUGCUCAGCGCAAUAAUAACUUGGAUGGUGUGAGGGCUCAAGAGAGUGAGUAUUCAAAUACUUCUUUUGAAAAGAAGCAGGAUAAUUCAACAAAUAUAGCAAUUGCUGAUCUGGCUGAAAAGUCAACUAUUAAUAACAAUGAGGAAUCUGUUGGGGCUUCUAGUGAUGAGGUGAAUGAAGCAAUUGAAUACGAAUCCCGAGAGAUUUUCCAAAAGCCUUUAGAGGAGUCGCCACAAGUCGGAAUUGAGAUUGAGAAAGAACAGCAAACAAAUAAUGGGAGUGUCGAAUUUGCUACUGAGUCUGUUCCUAUUGCAUCGGAGAACGGCUUGUUAGAAAACAGUAAAGAAACCGAAAAGGAAGAAUUCAUCAAUCAGUCUGAGGAUGCAGGAAACCUAAAAGAUGAAGAAAACUUGAGCAACCACAAAAUUGAAGAUGCUGCUAUGUAUGAUAUUAAUGAUGAUAAGAAUUUAACUGAUGUUGAGAUUGAAGAACCCCAGGAUCUUAAACUUGAAGAGACUGAUGAGCAGAUGGUUGCUGAGGAAAUCUUACCGGCCAGUGAAAUGUUAGCUGAUAAUAUUGGAGAGGAACCCCAACAAGUCGAAGAGGAAAUCCAAGAAGAAAUCCAAGAGGGAAUCCAAGAGGGAAUCCAAGAAGAAAUCCAGGAGGGAAUUCAAGAAGAAAUCCAGGAGGGAAUUCAAGAAGAAAUUCCAAAGGAGGUUGAACAGGGGGUUGAACAAAAAGUUGAACAUGAGGAUAAACAGGAAAUGUCACAACAAAUGCAACAGGAAGUACAACAGGAAGUACAAAUAGAACAGGAAGUGGAACAAGAAGCACAAGAAGAAGUUGAACAAGAAGCACAAGAAGAAGUUGAACAAGAAGCACAAGAAGAGGUGGAAGAAGAAGUAGAACAGGAAUCUCUAGAAGAAGCUGUACCGGAGUCACCAAAGGGUGAAACUUCACCGUCAAAAACAGUUAGUCCUGGUACUCCCCCAACAUUGAGACGUUCUAGUAGAUUGCAACAAGAAAGUUCUCCAAAGAAGUCAAUGGUUCCUGAUACUCCAACAUUGAGACGUUCUAGUAGAUUGCAACAAGAAAACUCUCCAUCAAAACCAUUCAUUCCCGAUACAUCAACUUUAAGACGCUCAGGAAGGUUGAGCGUCCGGAGCAACGACCCAAAUGAAACUUUGCAACCUAUUGCUGAGACGUCCCCCAAAAAAAGGGGCGGCCUUAGCAAAUCACCGGCAAAAAUCAGUAGAAGCAAAUCACCAAGCAAAAGAGUCUCAAAACCGAAAAGUACUCAACGCUCUCCAUCUAAAAUUGAAAAACCAGAUGUGAUCCAUAUGAGAAUGAGGGAUGGGAAAAUCCUUGGUGAGUCAAAACUCGAGGCCUAUAUGGAAGAUAAGAUUGAGCAUCAAUUGAUGGAUGAUAUUGUUAGUGGGAAAGUUGAGGCUCCUACUUCUGUCAGAGGUCUUCUUGCUGAUUUCCAGAAGAUCGAAAAUGAAGGCAAAAAACGCGAUCAACGAAGACGAACGAAAGAAAAGGAACUGGAAACUGAUGAACAAGCUGAAUUAUUCUCACAGGGUAAGAAUGAUCUCCUAAAAGAAGAGAGAGAGGAAACCAUUGGAAAAAUGGAAGAUCAAGGAAAAGAUGAUGAUAGAAAAACAGUUGAAGUGGAUGAAAAAAUGGUCAAAGACGAAGCAGAAGUAAAAGCAGAAGAGGAAACAGAAGUAAAAGAGGAAGAGGAAACAGAAGUAAAAGAGGGGAAAAAUGAAGACGAAAUGGAGCAAGAUAAGCCGGAAGAAGAAGAAAAGAGUAGAGGUGGAAGUAAAAAGAUGUUUAAGGAACAAGCGCAGAAGAAGGCAAAAACAAUGGAGAGACCAAAAAAGAUUCACGGAAAAAAGAAAACAAAGAAACCAAAACAAGAGCCUGAAUCUGCAGAUGGUACCACCACCAAGAGGCAAAAUAAGAAAAAGAAGGUUGCCAGAAAUGAAUCGAAAAAAAUCAAGAAGAGAAGAAAUUUGGUUCUGAAACGAGAUACACCAAAAGCUUCAAAGCAAGAUCCUACUCCUUUAAGAAGAUCUACCAGGUUUAAAAAAGCUUAA